CUCAGCACCAAUGACGUCGUGACAAUAGCCCCGCCCCCGUCAGAGCCUUUUGUAAAGGGUCACGUUGCGCUGCAGCACUGAAACAGAAGACUCUCCCUCAUCCGCUCACCUGCUCUCACGAACCGAGACACCAACCACAAGCCACCAUGACUCACCAGUAUCCCGCACUGACUCCUGAGCAGAAGAAGGAGCUGCAGGAUAUUGCUCUGCGGAUAGUAGCUCCUGGGAAGGGCAUCCUUGCAGCCGAUGAAUCCACUGGUAGCAUGGCAAAGCGUUUCAACCCCAUCGGGGUGGAGAACACGGAGGAGAACAGACGUCGCUACCGCCAGCUGCUUUUCACAGCCGAUCAGCGCAUGGACAGCUCUAUCGGAGGCGUCAUCUUCUUCCACGAAACACUCUACCAGAACACAGACGAUGGCGUUUGCUUCUCCAAGCUCAUACAGGACCGUGGCAUUGUUGUUGGCAUCAAGGUGGACAAAGGUGUUGUACCUCUGGCUGGAACAAAUGGAGAGACCACCACUCAGGGUCUGGAUGGGCUGUCUGAGCGUUGUGCACAGUACAAGAAGGAUGGUGCAGACUUCGCCAAGUGGCGCUGUGUGCUGAAGAUCAGUGACACCACACCAUCUGAGCUGGCCAUCUUUGAGAAUGCUAAUGUGCUGGCACGAUAUGCUAGCAUCUGCCAGCAGAAUGGUAUUGUUCCUAUUGUGGAGCCAGAAAUUCUUCCUGAUGGAGACCAUGACCUGAAACGCUGCCAGUAUGUCACCGAGAAGGUGUUAGCUGCUGUGUACAAGUCUCUGUCAGACCACCAUGUAUACCUGGAGGGGACACUGCUGAAACCCAACAUGGUCACAGCUGGACACUCCUGCCCCACUAAGUACAGCAGUGAGGAAAUUGCCAUGGCAACUGUCACUGCUCUCCGCCGCACUGUGCCUCCUGCCGUUACAGGAGUAACCUUCUUGUCAGGUGGCCAGUCUGAAGAGGAGGCCAGCAUGAACCUUAAUGCAAUCAACAACUGUCCACUUGCUAAGCCCUGGGCUCUGACCUUCUCCUAUGGCCGUGCCCUGCAGGCCUCUGCACUGAAUGCAUGGAGAGGUGAAGUUAAUAACGAGAAGGCUGCCACUGAGGAGUUCCUUAAGCGUGCUCAGGCAAAUGGACUGGCCGCUCUUGGCAAGUAUGAGUCUAGUGGGACUGGUGGUGCUGCAGGACAGUCCCUCUAUGUGGCCAACCACGCCUACUGAACAUCAACCUGCUGUGGAAGAGUUCUAGUCUUAUAUUUGCUCUGCUAUUUCCCCUCACACCUCCAUAAAUCAAAGGCCUGCGCUGUCUACUGUACUUUAGAGUUGUCAGUUAUUAAAGUUACAUUAUUAAAUGUCUGUAUGUAAAUCAUAAUAUAAAAAGGCAAGAGCAAAGGGAGCAGAUGUUUUCGUCUAUUUGAUCAAAGUUUUGAGACAUUUUAUGACUGAAUUUAACACUUAUUAAUGUCUUGCUGUCUAUUGCAGUAACACUGGGACCAGAGAUAGAAAGUAGGCAGCAAAAUGUUAACAGUAGGUCAGAUAAUCAGUCAGUAUUCAGGUCAUUCCUCUAUUGCUUUCUUUUACCUAAUUACAAACCAUGAACCACUCUGGAGAGUCAGCUUGUGUGUAUCAGUGUUUUUGUCCUAUUUGAACAAAUACAGCUAUAUUGUGUAGAACACACUAACACUCCGUUAACAAAUAAUAAAUAAAACACACCAUCAUUGAUACAUGUGGACAAAAAGACAGUGGAGAGACAGUUAUUUGGUUGGUUUUUUUUUUAAAGAACUGAGACUGGGAGUGUUUGUUGUACUUGUAGACAGCUGUAGCUCUAGCAAAAGGUCAGUAGGUGCACUUUAACAAGACAGUACACAGCAGAGAGCCAUCAUACAUUUCAGCCUCAGCCUUUAGUUCACAGUUUUUUAAUCACCAUUAAACCAAUGUAAAAUCACAUCCUGUCUAUUCUGAGUAUAACCUUAGCUUUGAAUUGCAUACUGCAAUUAAUGUAUUCAGUUGUGUGAAAGUGUCAAUAUUAUGUGGUACUUGUGUGUCACCCUCCAUCCCCCUCUGAUUCCCUCUGCGGGCUGGCGGAAAGACAACAAUGGUUUCUGGUGACCUAAACAUAAAGUGGACCAAGUUGUGGGCUCAGCAGCAGGGAAACAGUCACUGCUGUGUUCAAAUACUGUAAUGUUUGUGAUGUUACUGUUGUUCUUGGAGCACUUGGUGUGUCAAAUAGUGGAGAAUUAUAAACUAAAAAAUUAAAUCUAAAAUGUAUUAAC